UAACCCUAAUUCCAUCUCUCAUUAUUCCAAACAAAACCCUCUUCUCUUUCACCUUUUCUCUCUUUUUCCUUUCUCAUGGCUAUGCCUUAUUUCUUUCUCAUUCUCUUAUUCUUCUCAUCUACUUUGCAUGCAUGUGACGCUAGUCGUCUUCGAUUCUUCCAGAGUUCGAAUUUUGUUUCCAGGAUUAAUGAACUGCAUUCGAUGUCUCAAGGGAUUUGGAGUAUAAAUCAUGAUCAGGAGGGAAGUUUCGACAAAAACAACAAUGACAACAUUCUUCAUAAUAAGGAGAAUAUUAUUGGAAUUGAAAUGUUAAAGGGAAUGAAGAGAGAUGGAAGCAGAUUGGUAAUGGAGUUUCCAAUGAAAGAAAAAGUGAUGAAUUCUAAGGAAAAUGAAGUUGGAGAAGACAUGGUAGUGAUGGAUUAUGCACAACCCCACAGGAAGCCUCCUAUUCACAAUGAAAAACCCUAGAUAUAUGUAUAGAUAUAUUGUAAUAUUUCUCAAAUUUGCCAUCAAAUAUUUAAAUAUGUUUAAAAAAUAAAAGUCUUUUUCUUUUUUAAUUUUUCUAUAUAUUGGAAUAAAGAAAAAAAAUAGAGUAUAAAUAACUAUGUGAGGAUUUAUCUUUGAUUUUUUUUUAAAAGUUAUAUAUGCAAACGGCUUUAAUUUGUAUUUUGUA